AUGGAAGAAGACAAUGUGAGAAGAGAGAACGAUAUUGGUUCUUUGAGAGGAUCUUACACUCCAAGUGAAGAAGAGGUACCUCUCACCAUUAUUCUCGGAGGAGAAUCGCAAGUCCUAAACGUGGAGCCAAUUCUUACAAUCCAUCCAGAGCCGCAUGAACAAGGGGUUCACAAAUCUGACAAGCUACGCAACCCGCUGGGUUUUUGA